AUAACCUUAAUAUGUCAACGGUAUAUUUGCUUUAAGUUUUAGGUACUUAAAUAAAAUUAAAAAUGAGCGUUGAAUUAAGGCUUAUAGAUCACAUUAGAUUUAGCUCUAAACUAUCGGUCAAUUUUGCUUGCGAAUAUUCAGAAGAUGACAGGAUUUUGAUUAUAGGCGACAUAGGAAUUUAUAUUAUUGCCCUAAAAGGCUGUAUGAGCAACCCUUUCCCUUCGUAUUACUGUAAAAAUUAUUUUUUGGAAAUAUCUGAUUUUACACCCAGUGCCAAUAUUGGCAUCGAUAUUAACAGUUUUCAUAAAGAUUUAGAACGGAACGAUUUAUAUGAAGCCACGAUGUCCAUGGAAUAUUCAGCUGAUCUGAAAAGCACAACCCCUGUAGACCCGUCACCUCUUUGCGCUCAAUGGUCUCCGAGAGGAAUUGUAGGCAAAACAGAUUGUUUGCUGGCUGUUUUAAGUAAUUUUUAUAACUUGGAAAUCUACGUGAAAUUCAUAGAUGAAAACGAAGUCACAGAGUACUGUAUGAUAUGCGGUGUAACUCAAGAGGUUAUCGAUGAGAAAAAAACAGAAUGGAAGUAUUCAGAUCGGUUGCCCCCUACGGUAAAAUACAACGAAAUGAAGCGAAGAGUACAAAACAUUUCUUGUACAGCUUUUACUUGGAGUCAUUUGUACAAAAUAAAUGGUAAGGAAUAUUGUACGAUUUUUGUGGGACAUAUGAAUGGUGACGUUACUGUUUGGAGAAUAACUGGAAGAGUAUCGAAUUCCAAAGAAAACUCAAAGCUUCAUUUCUUGGGCCGCUAUUCUACUCAGCUAGGAAGGAUCGUCAGGAUGCACUGGCACAUUACCAAAGAAUAUGGAGGAGGAUUGUCGUUUGCUGAUUCGGAAGGUAAAAUGAGCGUUUUGCACGUAAAGUGUCUAGACCAAGAAACCGCGGAUAUAGACAGUGAGUUGGGAUUUUGGACAGAAGCGGACAAGGUAGUAGUCGACAAGAUAACUGUAAUGAUUUACGACGGUCGUACGUACAUCAUACUCGUUAAACAAAGUUUUUUAAUUAUAUACGGAUUAGAUGAAUCGGGGCAGGUUUUCGACCAGAAGGUUUGCAAUGUGGGAUGCUACUAUAUCACAGGUAUUCACCAUUUCGACAACACUAUAUUGGUUUUGACGUUGACGUCUGUUCUGAAACAAUACACUCUUUCCAUUGUUGACCAAAGAAUACAUCUGGAAGAAAAACUUAUCCCGAUUAAGGUGAACGGUGGUAAAUUUCGCACCCACGGGUUUUUCUUCUCAAAAAACAUGGUGUUCUUUGGACUUAUCGCAUAUCCCUGUAUGCUGCACAGUUUUUCCAAACUAAAGACCUUUUUAAACAUUUUUUUAUUUCAUAACGCUUUGUUGAAUCCCCUAACGAUAAUUUGGCAUAACAACAGUGGUAGUUUGCGGGACUACUGGGACUGCUUGGAAAUGUUAAGGCUGCUCUGCCUCAAGGACAAGCGUUUCCCCUGGCUGGGAAUCCCGGCCGAGCUCGAUUACGACAAUCUGUCCCUAUUGAAGCUAAAGACGCUUAGAUGGCUCGCUAAAUUAUCGGAAAUGGUGUUCAAUACAGUUCCCGUCGUGAAAAACUACGACAUAAAACCGUACAUAAUCCUACACUACCUGGUACAGAUCAAGCUGAUAUUGAAGAGACUAAACGGUUUGUUGAGUAAGAAACAGUCGGGGGAGGAACUGUCGCUUUUUCAGAUGCGCAGUAUCGAUAUACAGAAUUUUUUCCUGAAGGAGAUGGUGGUGAAGAAUGUGCUGGCCAAGGCGAACGUGGGGAGAAAUUUUAUAAACGAGAUUAAGCAAGUGAUGAGGGUAGCGAAUGAGCUGCGGUACCCCGCCAUGUUGCACUGUGUUUGGUGCGGAGAAAAGAUUAUAGGACCGGUGUGCUUGCCGCCUCACGCCGACAGCCGCUGCUCCAUAACGAUGAUGCCGAUCUAUCUCGUAACUUCCUACAAGUGCCCUUUCUGCAAGGCGCUAGCCCACAAGGAGGUGGGGAAAGAGGAAGACGUGAUUUUCUGUCCUUACUGCGACGUUCCCAUGGAACAGCUGUACGCGGAUGAGAAGACGGAAGAAUUCGUUAAUAAAGAUUAUGAAUUGAAGAGCGAGGAAGUUAGAUCGGUAUGUUUCGACGAUUGUCUGAAGGAAGGCUUGAGUUUUAGUGAUGUAGAAGAGAACGAGAGGGAGUAUGUCGUUCUUAGCGACAGUGAAGAUGAAUCGUCGGAGGAUCAGAAUAAAUUAAGGACCCUGUAUGUGAGGUUGAAGGACGUGAGUUUGGAAGACAUCGUUAAAUUGGAUAACGGUGAAGAACAAGAAGCUGGACCGAGUAGGAAGGUGUUAAAAUUAACGGGAGGGGACGGUUGAUUGUAAUUAAUUUAACUUGUUCUUUUAAACAGAUAUUUAUAAAUUUUUUAUUUUUAAGAAAAAUUAUGUUAUUAUUUUAACGUAGUCUGACAUAUCUUGCUAUAUUAAUAUUGCAAUACCUUUCUGCAACCUGAAAAUGUGAUAAAAUUUUAUGUCAUGAAACUAGUUUCAUUAAAAUAAAAGUUAUUUAAGA